UGACCGAUGUAGAAGUUGAGACCCUAAUAUACCCACCCUACGAAGGCACGCCCUUUCACUUAUCAUCAACAUGCCCAGCUGCCAAGAGCAAUGAUGGAGAAACAGAAGAGAGCCAUGACGGAAGAACUGGUUCGCCACUCAGCACAUGAAGUCCCUCUCCAAACGCCUUCGCAAAUACGGUGGAGUACCCAUGGAGGUGGUGAAGCAGGGCUCGGCGGCAAUAGGGCUCCAAUCGAAGACUCACGUGGUUCUCGCAUGCGUCAACAAGGCCAACUCCGAACUCUCCUUGCACAAAUGACAUCGUCGACGUCGUUGGUGCUGAAGCAUUGUUUGGCGAUUUGGGAAGAGUGGGCCGUGGGCGUCGGCGAGGGAGCCCAGGAGGUGGUGGGUGGAGCGGGAGCGGGUCAGGAGGGGGAGGUGGCCUAGGAUGGGCCACGCGCCGAGGAUGUUGGGGGCCUCUUUCGAGGCUUGGGCCUUGGAGCGGUGGAGGAGGAAGAGGGAGGAGAGGGAGGAGAGAGAGGAGUGCGAUUAGGAGAGGGUCCAUUUUGGUGCUAUAUAUUUAUGUUUAUGCCUAUGGGUUAUGUAGAGUGAUCGAUUUGAUACGCGAAAGUCGCCGAGUUUGAAGGAUUUGAAGAAACCGAGUGAUUGGCAUAACUUGCAGGCGAUGCUGCACGUUGUGGCGGGGUGGAAUGGGGCGAGUGGGGAGUUUCAGAUGAAGGUGAAGAGGAGCCUGGCUUUGGUGAAUAAGUCAUAUGAGUUUUUGACGGAGGAGUAUCGUAUACCAGGCUCAUGGUGGGUUGAGAAAAAUAAGGGAAUGGUGCGUAGGGACAAUGGGGAGUGGGUUUUGGAUGCACCUCAGGAAGAGGACUUGCCUGUGCCGGAACAAGUUUGAUUGGAUAAUGAAAAAAAGAAAGCCAUGUAUUAUUGUUAUCCUUGUCAAUAUUUUAUUUUCUUAUUAUAUAUGUUUCAUUACUUUUUUGUGAGUUGUUUCAACACUUAUCCCAUCUAACCUUGGUUGUGGUAGGGUUUUGUUGUUGUUACAAAUCCUUGAUAUUAGGAAUAAUUUCGGACAAAUGCAGUUGAUAUGGCUGCAACUGAAAUUGAAACUACAUUUUCCUUUACCCUUUUUUGCUAUCAUUUUGUGAUUAACAGUGUAGUUUUCAGCACAUGGUCUAUAGCUCAUAUAAUUGUUGACUGCCCUUUAACAA